UCCAGCAACCAACAACCCUGCCUGCCAGCGCCCCAAUUUCACCUUUUCCCCAUUUGAAGUUCAGACUUGAGAGCCAUUUUCUCUCUCUAAACUCUUUCAGUAACAACAGUGGAGUCCCUGCACUGUCUAUAUAGACGCAUCAGUUGUUGUACUAAGAGGAGGGCAUUCCUUGCAUUUUCUCUCUCUAAAAUUAUUCAGUUGUUGAAGCAACACCAGGUGACCUGCAAUUUCUCUCUCUAAACUCAAUGAGAAUGUAUAGACUGUGGUUAGUGGUGGGGGUCGUGGUGGUGGUUGGUGCAAUGGUGGAAGAGGCGGCAGCAGACACUAUGGUUUCAGGCACUGUCUUCUGUGAUGCGUGCAAAGACGGACAGAGGAGCUCCUUCGACUAUCCGCUCUCUGGAGCAAAGGUGGCUGUAGCCUGCGCUGGAAAUGACGGUCAGGUCACUGUAUGGAAGGAGGAGAGCACCAACUGGUUUGGCAACUAUGGCAUGCGAUUCGAGGGCUCCCCGGACUUGAGCCGGUGCUUCGCACAGGUCGUGGCUAAUCCCCAGGGUUCCAAUUGCGGGAUCACCGGGGGUCCUGCUCGUGGCCUGAAUCUAGUCUUCGACAUGUUCGGUAUGGAAAUGUAUGUUGUCGACUCACUGCUUUCACAACCUUCCCAACCAAUGGCGUUUUGCCCUAAGUCUAACACCCCAUCCCCACCUUCGCUUCCUUCGCCGCCUUCACCGCCUACCAUGCAUCCUAUGCCCUUUUUCCAAGCCUCUGCUUGUUCUUCUGAAUACUGGCUGAUGCCGGAAUACCGGUGUUACUGGAAGGUGGUGGGCCCUGGGACCAAAGUGGCUGUGGCAUUCGGCCCAGCAGCUGCUCAAAAGUACGGGACCGACUUGCCUCUAUAUGAAGCCCUCCAAGGCCGAGGGGACCUCUACAGGACUCUGCUCAGAGAGGCAACGACCGCGCUCCUCAACUCCUACAACAGUCUGCAAUUUGGGUACCCCACGCUCACAGUGGUUGGGAACAUGAAUUGGGCCUUACAGGCUUCUCCCCAGGAGGCGCUUAGGCAAGCCAUGAGGUUCAAGAGGGCAAAUGCAGGCACACCUGAAACACCAUGUAGGUUCACACCCUGCAAUUGAUCAUCAGUUGCUCAUUCCUACAUAUGGGUUUGGUAUCAGUAUUUGUGUUUAUUUGUGUUUGGUCAUUAUAUGUGUAUUAGAUUGGUCCACUGAAUAGUAGUCCACAUAUGAGAUUCUAUGUAUAUUGUGUUAUAAUUGAGUACUUGUGGGAAUUGGUGUUUUGGUUGAGUGUAGGCCAGUUGGGUGUUCUUUUGGGCUAAAGAUGAACCAGUUGGGUAUUCUUUUGGGCUAAAGAUGAAUCAUAAGCAUUAA